AUGCACUUCUGGUUACUCUUAUCCGGGACAAUAACCAUGAGUCUGGUAGCAAGUUUGAAACAGUACGUUGUCAGAAAACAAGCGGAGAAAAGUGUCAGCUGCAAAGAAAAGGAAGAUGAUCUCCAAUUGUUUACAGAAGAGUAUAUUCGUUUGAAGGGGAUCCAUGCGACGUCUGAUGACACCAUCGGUAUCCCUCGCUUCUACUUCAAACCUCCUCGUCAGGAUCAACUUCUACUUCAGAAACUGAGAGAAGAAUCUCGAGCGGCUUUCCUUCAACGAAAGAGCGCCAGCCUUGCAGACAACGAGGAGCUACAGCAACUGUGGGGAUUGUUAGAGAAACAUCAGUCUCCACCAUUAGUUGGCGAUGUGCAGAUGAUUAAUUACUCUGAUUUCAAACGUGUGAAAGAUAAAGCUAGUGAACGAUGUAGACCAUACAUGAAAGCGACCGUGUUUUGUAAACUCAUGGCUGGAGAUCCAUAUGGUCGAAUCUCCAUAGUGAAAUUCUUCAAUUAUGUGAUGAGGAAAGUUUGGGUUCAGCAGACUCGCAUCGGGUUGAGUCUGUAUGAUGUGGCAGGUCUGGGUUAUCUGAAAGAGCCUGAUUUAGAGAACUACAUAUUGGAGUUAAUUCCAACAUUGCCUCAACUGGAUUGCCUUGAGAGGUCAUUCUAUUCAUUCUAUGUGUGUACUGCAGUUCGAAAGUUCUUUUUCUUUUUGGAUCCCCUUCGUACAGGAAAAGUGAAAAUUCAAGAUGUGUUAGCUUGUAGGUUUCUUGAUGAUCUGUUGGAACUAAGAGAAGAAGAAUUAUCAAAGGAAGCUCAGGAUGACAACUGGUUUUCUGCUCCAUCUGCCCUCCGUGUUUAUGGUCAGUAUUUGAGCCUUGAUGCAGACCACAAUGGAAUGCUCAGUAAGUCUGAGUUGGCAGUCUAUGGAUCUGGGACUUUGACACCUGCCUUCCUUGACCGUGUGUUUCAAGAAUGUCUCACAUAUGAUGGAGAAAUGGACUACAAAACGUAUCUUGAUUUCAUUUUAGCAAUGGAAAACAAAAAAGAACCACAAGCACUGCAAUACUUCUUUCGCCUAUUGGAUGUCCAGGGUAAGGGAUACUUGAAUGUGUAUGCUCUCAACUAUUUCUACAGAUCAAUGCAGGAAAUGAUGCGUGUAAAUGCACAAGAAGUUAUUCGGUUUGAAGACAUCAAAGACGAGAUAUUUGAUAUGGUGAAGCCACAGGAUCCUCUACACAUAACACUAAAUGAUCUCAUUACCAGUGGCCAGGGUGAGACAGUCAUAUCUAUUCUGUCAGAUCUGAACGGAUUUUGGACAUACGAGAACCGUGAAGUCCUAAUGGCAGAGACAGCAGCAGCCGCAGAGGAGCAAAGACAGAUUAGCAUGUCAAACACUGAGUGACAUCG